UUAUGAGUUUCACCGGAUCGCUCUCUCGGAUCUUCAGUCCGAAAUGUAUUAUUCUGACAGGCGUGUCUUUUUGCAUGAUCGCGACCGUAUUGCUGGCGCUGGGCGGGGGGAAACCUAUUGGCCAUAUCGUUGCUAUAUUUCAAGUCGCACCUUCGUCUAUGGCAGGCACAGUUGGUGCCAUCUUUAACGGCGCUCUUCAAUUUGGAUCAGCAAUUGGUCUCGCUGUUGCCAGUUCAAUAGAGACAUCCGUGGAGGCCAUCCAUGGGGGCUCACAUGAGUAUAAAGGACGAGCCGCAGUAUUUUGGUUCCUCUUGACAGUUGCCUCUAUUCUUACGGACCACGCACCCCAACCAGAACACGGCGACCCCAGACAUCCUGCUCGACGGAGCACGGACUGUGACGAAAAGCUCGAUGACGCGAACGUGACCAUGAUCGAAAAAGCCGACCUAGCGAAUCUACAGGGGUAGGUUCUUUUUGAUGAGCGUUCCUUUAGACGACCACUUUCGUUGAUGACAUAUUUCUUUUU